AGCCAUCGGUGGCUGAAGUCACUUCAGCAGACUGCCUGGUGGCACGGCAGAAGAAGAGUGGGACCGGAAGCUAAACAGUGCGGCGGAGCAGCGCGCGAGAAGCUUUUCAAUGUGAAAAUAAACAACGAUCAGCUGCAGGCUCAUGGACUCGCCCCCUGCAUCGCUCACCUGGUUACCAUUGGCUACAGCAUGGAGCUCUGUGAUUGGACCGUGACGCCUCAACCUUCACACAGUUCAGGAUGUCUGACUCAUCAGCUGCAGAUGACCAAAGGAGGACAGAGACCAACACCAGGAUGUGGGCGGAGGCAGAGCCGGAGCCGGGUCCAUCCCAGUGUGAGACCCACAGACACGGCUACUGCUCAUACUGCAGAGUCAUGUACGUGAACCUGGACCAGCACCUGUCCAGUCUGCGGCAUCUGGACUCGGUCAAGUCAUCGUCCCGAGGCACCGCCAGCGUGUCCAGCAUUUCCUCCACCAGCAGUAGAACCAAACUAACUCUGCUCAAGCGCUUCCUUCAGGAUGUCAUGCAGCACCACCCGCACCGCUACAAUGACCCGAGGCCAUCCCACGCCGACCUACCAAUGGUCUCCACCCCCUUGUUGCCGAGAGCGGCGGUGGACGAACCGCAUUUCUCCGACGACAGCCGUUCUGCGGGGACCCCAAAGCAGCUGCCCAGCUCUGAUGAGGCGUCUAAUCAGCAGGAAGAGCUGGACAUCUGCACGCAAUCAGGAAAUAAGGCCAACGAUCCGCCGAGACGACAGGGGGAGGGCGGGAGCGUCCCCCCAGCACGGGGCCAGGUUCCGGACCCGCAGCCUCAGGAUACGCCCCCGAUUCACAGAAAAGCUCACAGGAAGACCAACCGGAGGAAAACCAGCGAGUCCUCGUCGUCCUCACAACCGGCCAAGGGUCCAAACCUGAAACCUGACCCUGGAGCCGGGACCCGGCCCUCCCCGGGGAACAGGCCCUGGGAGGUGUGGCAGAAGGAGAGGAGGGACCUUUUCAAAGAGGAGGCGUUCUCCAACCACAGUGAACUGAUGGACCAGACCAUCGAGGAGGUGGUCCAGAGGUGUUGCUAUGGCGACAGUCGUGAGGUGAAGGAGGAGACGGAGAGCUUCCACUUCAGCCUCCCCGCCUCUGCGGAAACCCAGAGUGAAAAUUGGGAUUCGUCUGCGCAGGUUGUCUUCCAGCAAAGUCGCGUUGACGCGCCUGCGCAGGCCACUCAGACGGAGGGCCGGGACCUCAGCCAGCUCACGGACUGCCAGGUGGACCUGGAGAACCAGGGCUACUCCAACCAGCUGGACUGCGCCUUGAAAGGAGAACGCAGACCAAACGCCGAGGCGGCGCUGGAGCAGGGCUUCUGGGGUCUGCCCAUCGAGGACGUGCUGCCGGCGCCACAGCACAUCCCGGACUCCUUCAGGGGGAAGACCUGGGCCCAGAUCGAGCAGGAGGACGAGCAGCGCGUGGACAGGCUGGUCCGCCAGUUCAGACGAGGACACUUCAUCUGCUACUUCGACUCGGAGUCCCUCGCCAGGUACGGGAGGAGGAGCCCGAACAAGAAGCAGCAGGACGAGGCGCCGGAGGAAGACUCGGCCAUGAUGCCUCUGAUGGACCACGACGACCACGACGACCACGACUCGGUGGAAGAGAGGAGGAGGAGGAGGAAGACGAGGAAGCCGCAGGAGAAGAAGAAGCACUUCAGGCUGGCGUCCCGGUGUCAGGUGGUGAAAGUCAGUCACGGCACACAGACCGUCCCGUUGGCGUCUCCAGAGGCCACGCCCAGCACUGCCGCCUCAGCCAGUCGGGACGCGGCUCAGACGCCGGAGGCGCCGACGUGGCGCUGCCUGCCCCCGACGUACUCCACCAUCAUCUCGCCCGUGCAGCCGCGCACCUCGACGGUCUACCUGCUGAGCUCGCCCGCCGGCCCCGCCCCCUCCCGCAAGCGAGCGGCAGCCUGUCCGCUGAAAUACUGCCGGAAGAGGCGGCGCCCGCUGGACCUGCAGGGUUUAAAGAUCAAAUACAGAAGCGUACCAGUGCGGCUGUAUGAGCCCGGCACCAACCGCAUCCUGAAGGCCGCCCCCCGUAGAGACUCCGCCCCCUCGGACACGCCGCCGGCGUUCGUCCGCCAGCUGUUCGGCAGCCUGAGUCCAGACCUGAACGCGCCCGGGGUCAACGGUCAAAGGUCGGCGGACCACGACCCGGACGCCCAGACGGACGGGGUGCGGCGGCUCGGCGCCACGGCGGAAACCUCGCCCAUCAGCAGCAGGUCGGGGCAGUCCCGCGGGACACGCCCCCCGCCCGCCAAGAGGCCAACCAGGAGGGCGGGGCAGGAGGGGGCGGGACUCUGAUGACAGGACGCCUGUCCACCAAUAAGCUGGAGACCAGGCCAUUGAUAGAAUGUGUAGCAGGUGGGGGUUUAAACGGGAGGCUGCCAUCUGUUUACAGAAGAAAUAGAUAUUUAUUUAUAUCGACAGAUUUUAAACAGAUUAUGUUUUCACUUUAUAUUUUUUUAUUAUGAUAAAAAGUGAAAUAAAGACAAAUUAAAAGACACUGAAUGCGGGACUCAAACUGACCUCUGUUUGAAUCUCAAUAUUAAAUUAAAAGAAAGAGUAUUUUAUGUUUUGCUUUUCUGAUUCUCACACAUGGAAUAUUGUCAGUUAAGUCAAAGUGAUUUUUAAAAGAAUGAAAUUCACGUAAAAAUUCUGGCAGCUGAAAAUUUUUAAACAAAUCCACCUGGAAGCUUUUCUGCAGCUCCAUUUUUUAUUUUUCUAUCUUUAUUGGAUUUGAAUAAAGUUUUCUAAACU